AUGAAGUCUACCUACGCUCUCUUGGUCACUGGCCUCGCCACUCAACAAGCCGCGGCCACCUGGAACUUCUUCGACAACUUCGGCACUCCCGACUACAGCAACAACGUCUGCGACGAUAAGCAGAAGGGCGGCUUCAACUGGGCCGAUCUUAUCGAUGGCCAGGAUGUCGGCAACUAUGGAGACUUCGACUUCUCUGGGGGCUGGAAAUGCUCAAACUCCUUCGGCAAGCGGGACUCUCUGAGCAAGCGAACCUUUGGAAACAAGUGCAUCAAGAACACCAUCCAGAAGAACAAGCCCGCUGCAUUUGGCUGUGCCCAGCGCGGUUUCUCCAUUACUCACAUGGACGUCUCGGCUGAGUUCGACGCUGAGCUCGAGCUCCACUACAAGAUGGGAGACGGAUCCAUCUGCAAGCAACACAGUAGCUGCUCGGCUGGUGGAUCAACACUGCAGAACACCCAGUGUGGUGGCGCAAAGUCCGUCGAGGUCUACCUUGGAUCUCACUACAAGGGUGACAAGGAGUCUUGCGAGAUCGGUUUCCACAACAUCGGCUUCGACUGUGACGCUGAGAAACCAUACACUCCUCCUUCGCCCCCUUCGCCGCCCCCUCCACCUGAGGUCCCCGCCUCAAGCGAGGUUCAGUCUUCCACCAUCGCCAUCGAGUCGUCGACUGCCCCAGCCUCCAGCGCUGUUUCUUCCGCUGUUGAGACUACGGCUUACUCUGCCAUCGAGACUACCGUCGUCUCAUCUGCUGUUGAGACCCCUGCUUCUUCAUCCGCUGUCGAGACUCCCGCCACUUCGGCCAACGAGUGUGGACAGUACGGUGGAGAGGGAUGCCCACCCGCCGAGACCCCUGCCUCUUCAGCUGCUCCCUACACCAACAGCUCCAUGCCCGCCUACACUCCUCCAGCUUCCUCCGCCGUGGAGAUCACCAGCUACCCUGCGUCGGUUCCUUCCAUCAGCACCGCUACCCCCCAACCGGAGUCUUCCACUGUUGUUGUGCCACCCACAUCUGAGAGCUCUGCUGCUGCUGGCUGCGGAUACGGAGAGUCUUGCGAGCAGUCAUCCACUGUUGUAGCCUCUUCCGCUAUUGUCUCCUCCGCCGUUGUUUCGUCUGCCGUUGUCACAUCUGCUGUCCCUGCUACCAGCUCAGCCGCUCCUCAGCCUUCCAGCCCCAGCUACCCUCCCGUCGACAUCACCGACUCGGUUCCCAAGUGCAUGAACUCGUGGCUCCAGAUCUCGGCUCCAGACUGCAAGGACAACACCGACUCCAGCUGCUACUGCCUCAAGCCUGAGUUCACCAAGAACGUCAUUGACUGCAUCUCUGCCCGCUGCGGUAGCGAUGACGAGAUCAGCAAGGGUCUGCAAUACUUCAUCGGUAUCUGUGCCCAGCAUGUCCCCGAGAACCCUUCCAUUGUUGGAGACUGCCCUUCAUACAUUCCUUUGAACCCUACCCCCGCUGCUCCUUCUGCUCCUCCCGCUCCCCCUGCUGGUGGUGAGAGCUCUGCCGCUCCCUCUGCCCCUGCUUCCAGCGCCUACGGCCCCGGUUACCCUGAUGAGACUCCCGCUGCUAGCACCACCACUGCUGCCGGCGAGACUCCUGCUAUCACCACCGCUGUCUCUUCUGCAACCAUGACCGAGGUCGUUGGCACCACCACUGCUGCUGGUGAAACCCCUGCUGAGGAGACACCUUGCACCACCAUCACGUUCGGCACAACUACUCUUACCGUCCCUCAAGUUCACUUCACCACUCAGCCCGCCUCUGCUGGCGCCAACCCAACUGAGCCCGUUGCUCUUGUUCCCGGCACUGCUGAGCCUCCUCAAACCCCAGCUGCCACCACACCUGCCGGUGGUGCGCCCUACCCCAUCCCCUCCACCAUGGGAACCGCCACCGUUCCAAUGGGCACUGCCACGGGUACUGGUGCCGUCCGUCCCUCUUCGCCAGCUGAGUUCACUGGCGCUGCCUCGCCCUUCAACGUUGUGCCCAAGGGUGCUCUGUUCGGUGCGGUUCUUGCCUUGUUCGCAUUGUAG